CAGGAUAAAAGCUUAAACGCCAGUCUCUGAGGCGUAUUACGGAGUCCAUUCUCUCUGUGCGUGUGUGCGUACUGUCACAUCGUCGUUGUCUCAACCCAAAGUUGUAAAACACGGGGUCUCGUCUUUUCACAAUCCAAGCUCUGUCCGUUGAUGUUAAGUUCAUGAGGAAUUCAAAGCCGAGACUGUGUCCUCCAUUGGCACCGGAAGCAAGGGUAUCGGUACCUGGUGAAGCCAGAUAUAGUGGCAAACCCUUUUCCUGCCUCUUUACCUAUGUGAAGGUUGCGUCUGGGCUGUUAACACCGAAGACACGAAUAUCCACGUAGUACUUGAUCUGUGUGCGAACGUGAUAGACCGCAUUGGUCGCUUCCCCUGAAGUCAAAACAGAACAAACAUGUAGCAGUCAACGAGUAUUUGAGCUCACCGUAAUGGCUGCCUACGCGGGGAUGAACUCCUAUUGUGGCAUAUGAUUCGUUGACUUGCUUACGUGCUGAGUCUUUUUCGACUCGAACGCCCUCCCCAAGGUGGAUUCGUUGUCCAUGGAGGUCAAGGAUGAAACCAAGAUCCGAUGGUGUCACAAUCUCAUGAUCGUCAGACGCGACCUGGUAUUUGAGCUUGUCGCCGUCGACGAACAUACGCAUCUCGACUGGUGGCACAUAGGGCACCGAGGGGGCGAGCAUUGUAGUGUCGAACACGUAAUUGAGGCGAAAGAAAGAGUUCGCACGCAUGUAUCAGUUUUUUAUCGCAUAGACGGACUGCAUUCUCAGAACUCCGCGUCUGUGGGCAGGUAGAUGGACAGACAACAUUCGGCCUCACGUUCACAUGGGUGAGAAGC